AUGCCACUCAACCAACCGCCGCCGUCGUCUUCCAAGACCGGCCACCCGCUCCCUCGAAGAACAUCCCCAGCCAACUCGAUUACUCUUCGCCAUCACCGAUUAGCACGCGAUGCAUCACUCAAGGCCAGUCAGGGCUCAAGGCCCGCUGUCAAGACGACGACGACAACAUCGCCUCGGCGUGACUCGACGGGCGAUAGCAACGAGACCGGCCAAAGUGACCCUAACACAUGGUUUGAUCAAUCGAACCAGAACCCAACUGCCACAUUCGACAGUAAUAUUAUGGAAGUCGACCCCCCUUUUUUCCAAAAAGAAUCCGACUCCUCAAACGAAGACAAACCAUACUACAAUCAUCAUCAACUCGCGCCUCCUAAACUUACAGCAGCACACAGCAGCAGUGCAGAUGAUUACCGCAGUGUCAUCGAUGACCUCACGGUAGAAAUCCAGAAGCUCCGGGAGGAACUCAAACGUUACAAGAAUACAGGUCCCGAUAUGCUUCGAAAGGAGAAACUUUUCGAGAUCAAGUGCCAUGGGCUGCCAAAGAAGAAGAAGAGAGAACUCGAAGCCACACUCCGAGAUUUCGCAGCGAGUCUGAGUGGAUCCCCUGAUACUUCGUCAUCACAGAACAAGAAGAAGUCCCGCCAUGCAAACCGCGAUAAUAUGUACUCCGGCUCUGGAUCCAAGCAUGCAUCUUCAUCAUCAGGAUCCAACUUUCGCCCAGCCGACUCUGCCUAUGCCUCUAUGUCCACCGGUGCCAAGUCUUCGGGGACUUCUUUGAGUCGUCCCAGUAUGGGCUCGCAAGCAAAGUCGUCAGAGGCAGUCGAGAGUUAUCUACGGGAUAUUCCCGAGGGUUUAUAUCCGCGACACAUGAUCAUGACGGAGAAGGAGAGAAAGAAGCUUGUUGUUCGUCGACUAGAACAGUUAUUCACAGGCAAGAUCGGCGGACGCCACGUGGUGAAGAAGCAACCUGUACAGCCCAGUGGUAGUUCUGCUGCUCUAGCGCCUGUUGUUGCGGACACACAACCAAAUGUUAUUAACACCUCAAACUCUUCGAUCCACGAACCUCCGACACUGCAGACAAGCGGCAAAGAGCCUACAAGAGAGGCCCGAAUCCUGCAUUCUGAACAACAACCCGGUCACUCUGGCAAAAAGAGUCGGUCUGCUGAUAAUGGCUCUGCGUCCAACUCCAACGGGGAUAACACUGAGUUUGGCGGUAACGGCAACAGCACGGGUUCAGGCACAAACCCAUCCCCUCCAAUGACAACUUUGCCCGAACAGCGGCCCACACGACCCCGUGAUUUAGACCCAGACCGUGCACAAGUGCCGGCUGAUAACAUGGAUUAUAUCCGUCAUCUUGGCUUAGUGCCACCAGAAUUAUUAGCAGAACAGCAUAACCAGGAUGUUCAUCCUGAUGCUGAGGGAUGGGUUUACCUGAAUUUACUGUGCAACCUGGCUCAGCUCCAUAUGAUCAAUGUCACCCCUGAUUUUGUUCGCUCUGCUGUGACUGGCAUGAGCACCAAGUUCCAGUUAUCACCUGAUGGCCGAAAAAUUCGAUGGCGUGGUGGAACAGAGGGAACAAGGUUUAGCAGCGACAGUUCCGGAUACAACUCUCAGAAAAGCCCAUCAACGGAUGAUACGGAAGGCGGGUCCGAGAGCAAGCGCAAACGACAGAAGACAGGUCGCUCUACAGGUGACGAGUUUCAGUCAGGAAGUUCGAGCAAGAACGGCCUCAAGUACGACCCGCAGCUAUGUGCUCCUUCUGAAAGCUUCCACUAUAAGCCCUUGUUUGCGCAACAGGAUUCUUCAGGCGGCCAGACUUCGCUCGAUGAGACUGUCUCCUCGUUUGGCCCUCCCGAGGAAAGCAACAUUGGGGAAUCGAGAUGGGGAUUCAGUGGUUCCGGUGCGUCCAGCCGUAGGAAGCGCCGUCACGAUGGCGCCAUAAUCUAUUACAGCGGUGCUCCGUUCUGUACAGAUUUGUCUGGAGACCCCGGUGAUAUGUCACCCACCACACAAAUGCGAGCUGCUGGUCAAACCCAAACGGAUAAGGAUACUUUCAAGGUUCCCCCAUCGCCUCUUCGACGGACAGACUCUGGAUCGUUUCUCAACUACAGACCAUUGACGGACCGCGGAAUUUUGUCGACUCAACCGACUACAGCUAUGGAUAUCGAUACUGAGGACCCGCCAAGUCUUACGGAUGAUACCGAUGAUGCUAGUGAUAUUGAUUUGGACUUCACUUGGAGCGAUAAACCCCAAUACAUGCAGCACUACCCCCUUGAGCCUUGCGGUUUGGGUGGGGUCUUGCCUGAGGAUCACUUCAUGGUAGUUGUUUCCACGAAAAGAUCGAAACAAGAUGAAUUGUCCUCAGUCCAAGUGGCUGAUGGAAGGAUUGGUGAAGCCACGGAUGCCGUCGUCCGUCGUUUGGCAACUAUGUCGACCUCGUCUCCAAUCUCAGGCGGCUUGAAAUCUUGGCCGCGUAUCGGUCCCCUCCCUGUUGAAAUUGGAUAUAUGUCAGGUCGCAUCAAGCGACUGACACCAGUCUCUUUGCCACCUCCUGCGAUUUUCUUCCCACCCUUUAGUCCUAGCGAGUCUACCGCAGACGACGACGACGAUGUUUCGGAUGAUUUCGAUACAUCAUCGUCACUGAGGGACCUUAUGGGACAACGAACAUUGCAGCAUCAGUCGGAUGGUUACCCUGAUGGCGUUGACCUCAGCAGUGGUGACGAAGAGGGUGACGAACCCGAUGACUCGCCCAGUCAGAACAUGUACGCAACCAGCCGAGACCCAAAGGCGCUGCCAAACCGUCCUCGACAGGCUGCCCGCCGUACCAGUAGUGCUGCCGCGGCUGCCGGUACUGCUCGGGGUGCAAGCAAGAGUAACAGUGCAAAUCCGGCGUUAUCCCAUGAUGAUAGUUCCGUCGCUACUGCGGGCGCAGCGGAGAGUGGUUACAGCAGCAGUAACGAGAGUCCCUAA